UAUAAACAGCAUUGAUCUGCAUGACAAUCUCAGAGCACACUUGAGGCUGUUUCUUACAAGGUAAGCAUUCUCACUUCUUCGUGUUUUUAGGCUCCUAAUGGCUCAGAUGCAGUUUCUCCAAGGCUUUGGCUUACUUUUACUUUUAUAUAUAGUCAAGAUUUGUUUCGUAGAUUUGAUGUACAUUUAAGUAAAAGUACAAUGGAUCCGACUUCAAAUGCCCUCUCAAAGGAUGAUCAUUAUGCAGCUGAAGCAAACACCUGUACACAGAUCUCAUAAGUAACUGAUAUUAAGCAUAAAUAAAAUAUGACAUGAUUAUAUAUACAUCAAUAUAAAUGUAUUACAUUAUUUUAUUAAUAUUAUAUUAGGUAUAUAAUAAUAAUAAUUGCUAGACCUCUGAUAUGUUUACUGUUAUACCCUAAACCUAUACCGACCCCUGUAAACUGACUGAAUGACCUGUUGUAAUUUUUGUAGUUGUUGUGGUUGUUCUUAUUACUAUUAUUGUAUCUCUGCACACAGUAUGUCUGUACGUUUUGUCCGAAUAUGUGAGGAUGCGGAUAAAAGAGAGAUUGAGAUCGUUGGGCCUAUCAAUGAAUCCAUGGGACUUGCUGAGACUUUCCUACAGACCUCCCAAUUUCAUAGAAUCAUGAAAGAAAAAAAUGAAAUUUGUCAUGACUACAUUUUUGGAUGUUGCUUUAAAGGAGAUAAAUGUAUGGGCAUCCAUUCUACUAUGCCAUAUCAAUGGGAGGUGGAGAAUGGAUGUGGCUGGUCACGUAUCCCAGAUAAUGAGGGCAUUGAGAGAGACUACUGUGACCCAGCAAAGACAGAGAGCCAUGGAAUACCACCGGUGAACUUUAUCCUCAUGAUCCGCGGUUACAGCAAAGUUCGGCGACUUGCUACGGUUUCCUCCCUGGACCAACCAGAAGCUGUCCUUGCUACCAAGUGGGCUUGGUACUGGGAAGAAGAGGAUGAAUGCUGGAAUGCAUUUUGGUCAUCAACUGUGGAGGACCUAGAGAGGGUGUACAGGGAUCCCUCUCUUGGCUCAGUGUUUGAGUUCACUGCUGGACGACACACCUAUGAAGUCAAUUUGGAAGACAUGAUCCAGAGUAACAAGAGCUCACACACCCUAAGAUGGGUCAGAAGACGUCCGAUCUUCAACUCUGCCAUAGAUGUUCAGAGAGCAAUUUGCACAUCCAAUACCAACUCUUCGAUUGUGCCACCUUACUGGGACCAGUCUCGAUUGCCUGGGAUCGGCUUUGAGAGAGUUAUGUUGUCAAGCUCAACAGGUGAACACGAAGAUAUCAAGGCCCUUUUUGAGAAAACUGUGGUGGGGUUUCAAAUACACACCAUUGAGAGAGUACAAAACCCAGCCCUGUGGAAGUUCUACGUGCUACAAAGAGAUCAAAUGAAAUCUUCCUUGACAAGCAUCAAUGAGAAGCAGCUUUUCCAUGGUACUGACUCCAAAUACGUUGACAGUAUUUGCAGAGACAACUUUGACUGGAGAAUAUGCGGAAAGAAUGGAACUUCCUACGGAAAAGGAAGUUACUUUGCUAGGGAUGCUCAGUACUCACACAUAUACACCAGCCAGUCAGGAUUGAGGUCCAUGUUUGUUUGUCAGGUGCUGGUGGGAGACUACACUGUGGGAAACUCCAGAUAUGAGAAACCACCUCCUAAAGAAACCGGAGGAUCCAGCUUCUAUGACAGCUGUGUGGACAAUAUUCAAAACCCCAGAGUGUUUGUAGUUUUUGAAACGCAUCAGGUUUACCCCGAGUACCUCAUACAGUACAGUGAUGGUAACUCCACUGGUAACACUCAGCAAAACCCUGCUCCCCAGCCUGGCCCUGCUCCUCCACCAAACCCUGCUCCCCAGCCUGGCCCUGCUCCUCCACCAAACCCUGCUCCCCAGCCUGGUCCUGCUCCUCCUCCAAACCCUGCUCCCCAGCCUGGUCCUGCUCCUCCACCAAACCCUGCUCCCCACCCUGGCCCUGCUCCUCCACCAAACCCUGCUCCCCAGCCUGGCCCUGCUCCUCCACCAAACCCUGCUCCCCACCCUGGCCCUGCUCCUCCACCAAACCCUGCUCCACAGCCUGGCUCUGCUCCUCCACCAAACCCUGCUCCCCAGCCAAAUCCCUCUGAUUCAGAUGAACCUGAAUUGAAUUGUUGUGUUCAGUGCUUGAUAAGGACUUUCCGUUGGCCAUUAUACAUUUGUGUUUGCUGCUGUGAUGAUUGACCAGGCCUUAGUGAAUACAGUGUGUGUGUGUGUGUGUGUGUGUGUGUGUGGGGGGGGUUUACAAAACACUCCUAGUUUGUGUCAUCUGCCGUCAAACUGAUUGUCUUCAUUUGAACAUGUAGUUAUUGUCAUUUGUAACAAUGUGUGUUCUCCAUUUGUAAUAUAUCAAUUAUCAAGUUCAAUAAAAAAAGCCAACUUAC